GUGCGGUUUAAAGUGUGUUUAUAUAAUUGAAAGAGUAAUGAAAUAAUUUUUAUAUUCUCAAAUUAAGAAUUAAAAUAGUUUUAAAAAGAAUAAAUGAUCGAUAUGAGAUCGUACAAGCACCGAUAUUUUUUUGAAGUUAUUGGGGUAUUGAUUACUUUAAGCUCCAUUGCAAAUGCAGAGCAAUCCUGUUUUACCCCAUCUGGCUUAUAUGGCAAUUGUGUACCUAUUCGCUCCUGCGUUAAAGUCGUCAACGAACUAUUAAGAUUCGGUAAAAAUGCACCACAAAGUUAUAGAGAACAAUUGAUACAAUCUCAGUGCACUGGAUCAACGCUAGAAAAUUUUAGCGAUAAUAUAAGCAUCUGUUGUGCUUUUACCGAUAAUAGCAUUAGCAUCAGUGAGCGACUAACAGAUUCAGGCGGCAUAAAUCAGAGAGGCCUAGAUCUUCUCCACUCGUUAAAGUGCGGUAUAAAAAAAUUUAUUCGUAUUGCUGGUGGUACACCAGUACCAUUGGGUAAUUACCCUUGGCUGGCGUUGUUACGUUAUGAAGCAAACACGAAUCCAUUCAAAUGUGGUGGUUCUUUAAUAACUCAUCGUCAUGUCAUAACUGCAGCUCAUUGUGUUGUUAAGUUUCAAUUUAAUAUAGUCGAUGUACGUUUAGGUGAACAUGAUAUAAACACGGAUUCAUCCUCUAAAAGUUAUGGCAUUGAAAAAAUUACCGCACAUCCAGAUUACGAUAGUAAUACAUAUUUAAAUGAUUUGGCCAUCAUUACUUUAGAUCGUACAGUUAACUUCAAUAAACAUAUCAAACCAAUUUGUCUACCCAUAACCCCAAGUUCAUUAGUAAUUGCAAGAGAUCAGGAAUACAUCAUUGCUGGUUGGGGUAUUACAGAGAAUGGCACAACAUCUCCAAUACCAUUGAAAGCAAACGUUCCUCACCGUGAUAAUGAUUACUGUACACAAAUUUACAGAGGCUUAGAGAUUGCAAGGCAACAAAUUUGCGUUGGUGGCGGCAGUAAUAUCGAAACAUGCGCCGGUGAUUCUGGUGGCCCAUUGUUCUUUAAUGCAAACUACAGAGGUACAAUAACUCGAUAUGUACAAUAUGGAGUUGCGUCACUAGGCGGUGUUGGUUGCGGUCGUGUUACGUAUCCUGGUAUUUUUACAAACUUGAAAGAAUUCAUUCCAUGGAUUACAAAUGUCAUCGCCUAAACUACAAAAAAAUGACGCUUACAUUUUAAUACUAAUUUAGUCAACAAAUUUUAUUUUUUACAAACUUUUGCAUUUCUUGCC